CCGGUGUUUUCUAGUCCAAACGAAAAACCAACAUGGCAAAGAGGCAGCAGCCGAUGUACUGCUGCAGAACAAUAUCGUUAACUCUAAAGUUAUAGAAUGCGUAUGGUGAAAUUUGGAUUUGUUGAACUACUUGUUGUAAUUGCUGCCCAGAUCUCCAUCAACGAUGGACUCCCUCAUAACAUGGGCUUGGAGGGAACGCUGGUCGGAGAUGUGUUUGCCCGCAGCGCCAAAAAUCGCGAACUGCGAGCCGCGCGUAUGGAUGCCGAUACAGCAUUUCAGGACGACGACUACGAAUCACAGAUGGUUGUCUUAGAUGAUGACGACUACAGUGUGGCUAAAGAAAGCAAAAGUAAACAGGAACUCUUUGAUGACUACGAAGAAGACCUUAAGAGUAGAAAGGUCAUAUUCGACGAUGACGAUUACAAGAUGGACGACGAUGAUUACGAAGAGAAAAGCGCCAGAAAAGUCAAAACCGAAUUCCAGGACGACGACUACGCCAGUGACAAAAAAGACGUGACUGAGGCGAAGAAAUCGAAAAAGGAAAUGGACGAGGAUUACAUGGCUAGCAUUGCUGAAGACAAAGUUAAAUUCGAUGACGACGAUUAUGAUAAAAACGAAAAAGUAGAGAAAAAGAAAGACACUAAGAAGACGGAACUGGACACGAAGAAGGCUUAUGUUUCCAAAUGGGAUCGACGGCCCGAAGGCAGGGCAUACUUUGAACAAAAGGAAGAAUCGAAAGAGGAGUCGAAUGAAGAAUCGCUAGACGAAGAGGAUGAUGACGAUGACGACACAGCGAAAGGCAACAAAGGCAUCAUGGCCAAACGAACAGCAGCUUACGACGCAAGUUGGGGAUUGGACGACGACGAUUACAGUGACAGCUCCAACAAAGCAGCUGAUUCGGCUGACAAACAAGAUUCUGUACAAAACGACGCCGAUGACUUUGAACUGGCUCAUGAAACAACUUCUGACUUCCUGGAGGAAACCAACGCCGAUUUCGUGGCAGAAAAGCAGAUGGAUGCAGAAGAUGAUGAUGAAGAUGAGAGCAAACGGCGUGAUACCGAAAACGAAAAUGCACAAGCAGCUGGCAAACUAAAUGCGCAGUCCCGAAAGGAGAAGACCAAGCUGUCGAAGAAGAACAAGAUUAAAGAGACUGUUAAGACUGAGGCCAAGUCUGCCAGAAAGAAAGAUAAAGCGAAGGCAGAAUUCGACGAUGAUUACAACGAGAACGAACAAGCGGCAUCUGUAAAGAAUGAGGACAGAGCAUAUAAACAAAAAAUCAACCGAAAAACAGGGCAAGAACAGCGGCAAGCUGCCAAACUUGAGCUGGACAGAACACAAAACCCGGUGCGACUGCAGCCGUACAGGGCUGAAGCUUCCGGUCAAGAGCAAGAGAAACAGUCCAGUGGUGAAAAAAGGCAAAAAGAGCUCGACACUAGCGAGACUGCGUAUCGAACGGAAAUGAAAUCUCGAAAACGUAUGCGCCGAAACAGAGAUAAAAGGGCUGCGAAACGACACAGAACCGAACAUGAUAUCGAGGAGAACGAUGAAACAGAUAACAAACAGUCGGUAGCGGCUAAAACAGAUUCGGCGAAGCUCUCUAUGAAAGUUUCUCAGAACAAAGCUAAGCAGUCUGCCGACAUGAAGAUGGAUGACGACGAUGACGAACCAGUUGCGUCUGAAGCCGAGGUCAAGAGCCAAUUUGACACAGAAGAAUCCGCAUCAGAAAUGCAAUUUCAGCCCGGUCCACCAGGCUUUCAAAGAGGAAGAGGACCACCGCCUGGAAUGGGGCCGCCGCCCGGCAGGGGACCACCUCCAGGCAGGGGGCCUCCACCGGGACGCGGAUUUCCAGGACAAGGGCCACCGCCAGGAAUGGGUCCACCACCAGGGCGGGGACCGCCACCACGAGGACCACCGCAAUUUCGUGGCCCUCCACCCAGACAGCCUGGGCCAGGAGGACCCCCGCAACGCCCUGGCCCACCAGGGCGACCACAGCCUGGCGCACCCCGUGGUCCGCCGGGAAGACCUCCGCCAGGCGGCCCCGGUCAGAGAGGGCCCCCUGGCCCGCGUGGACCGCCACCCCGAGGGCCACCACCAGGGCGUGGCGCUCCGCCUGGCGGCAGACCUCCUCCUCCCCGAGGGCCACCCCCAAGAGGACAGCCCCUAAGAGGUCCACCGCCAAGAGGUCCACCACCACCGUUAAGAGGGCCCCCGCUGCCACCAAGAGGCCCGGCUGCCCGGCCUCGAGGGCCUGGUCCAGUGCCAAGAAACAUGCCUCCGCCUCCUAGAGGACCGCCGCCACCUAGGGGAAUGCCCCCACCUCCAAGAGGGCCUCCUCCACCACCACCCCGUGCACCACCACCUCCAAGCGGAAGGCCGCCUCCGCCGAAAAUAUCCGCUCCUGUGAACAGACCGAGCCCGAAAACGCAAAACAAAAUGCCACCACCAGGAAAACUCCCACCAUCGGUUCUCAAGUCUCCAGCACUUCCUCCAAAGCAACCAGCAGCUCCGGCUCCUCGCGUACCCGCACGUGACAUUAAAAGCUUGCCGCCUUCGGAGAUCAAGAGACUAAAAUCGACGCCAUGGUGGGAUCGUAUGUUUGACGAAUACCAUUUGUACAGAGCCCUGGGAAUACUGGAAUUACCUUAGUGAAGUUCUGUUUUUAAUUUUUUAAAAUUGAUCUGUUUUUGUCAUACGCUUUUUUUGAACACAUGACUAUAAACUUCGUUAAUAUUAUAAUCCUAAGAAGUCAAAGAUUUUAUUUACGCCUUUUCGUUCAUCUCCGUCCGUAAGGUAAAAUAAAAGCCGACCGGUCGCCUG